CCUGCAACCAUCUCGAGCCCACAUCUGACAUUCAUGGAAAGAGUAUAAAAUAGACGGGAGACCGAGUAAGAAAAACGUUUCCUAAAUGGAGAGAACUGGUUUUUUCUUUCCUGUAUUUUCAGCUAGUUGUCAUUCGCUGGAUAACUCUCUGCAUAAAAACCGUUAAACAAAGAAAAGGAGGUCUUACAGGAGAAAUCAAUGGCAUUCUCUCGAGCAAAUAAUUCUCUUCUCCUUCUCUUAACUGUCCUAUUCAUCUCUUCCGAGGCCGCAUCUCUGGAGAAAUCCAUAUCAGGAAGAGGAGGACAUGUCUUGUUUCCCUUCAGGAGGUCGGCUGCAGAGGGGCCAACUGCCCUUUCUGGCAAUUCCAUUAACAACUCCUCUUUCAUCCUGGCUUCGGAGAGAACAGAGAGGAGAGAUCCUCUGAACGACUUCAAACAUUACACUGGAGGAUGGAAUAUCAGCAAUCGACAUUACUGGGCUUCUGUUGGUUUCACUGCUGCUCCUCUGUUCGGUAUUGCCCUUGUGUGGUUCGUGAUCUUUGGAUUGAUUUUGAUCAUUAGCGCCUGCUGUUACUGUUGCUGUCAUCGUCCUUUACACCCUCAUUCUUUAUCAGCUUAUGCCAUCUCUCUGUCAUUGCUCAUCCUCUUCACCUUGGCAGCUAUUGUUGGAUGUGUUCUUCUUUACUAUGGACAGCAAAAAUUUCACAAAAGCAGCUCGGAUACGUUAGAUUAUGUUGUUAACCAGGCAAAUUUUACUGUGGAAAACCUUAGGGGAUUUUCUGGCAAUUUGUCGGCUGCUAAGAGGAUACAAGUGACUAAUAUGCUUAUUCCAACUGAUGUACAAAGUAGGAUUGAUGACAUUGUGACUAAAGUUAAUACAUCUGCAAAUGAUCUGGAUAGACGGGCGUCUAAAAAUUCUAAAAAUAUUAGACAUGUGCUGAACACUGUGCGAUUAAUUCUGAUCAUUGUCGCAGCUGUGAUGCUUCUGUUGGCAUUUCUCGGAUUUAUUUUUUCCAUAUUGGGACUGCAAUUCCUCGUAUACGUCUUGGUUGUCAUUGGAUGGUUUCUUGUUACGGCAAUGUUCAUCAUGUCUGGUGUAUUCCUUCUUUUGCACAAGGUGUGGAGGAACUAUGAGUGCAAUGUCAGCCUCGUGAAUGGGAUUGAGAUAUGUAGAACUGUAGGCCGUGUCACCCCAACUCUGUAUGAUCAGAUGAAUGCUGCAGUGAGUGUGGGUUAUGCUUUAUACCACUAUGCUCCUUUCCUUGUUCAGCUGGAGGACUGCACAUUUGCCAGACAGACGUUUAGCUCCAUAAACCAGAACAACUGUCCUAGUCUUAGAAAGUACACAAACUGGGUAUUUGCUGGCCUCACGCUCGUCUCCGCUGCGGUGAUGCUGUCCACCGUUUUCUGGGUCAUCUAUACUCGAGAGAGGCGGCAUCGUAUGUAUAACAAGCAACAAAUGUUUUAUGAGGGACAAGGUCCGAUGACGGAAAAGAACUGAUGAGGAUGUGAAAAAGUCUGGUGAUGUUUGUGCAUUACUGUAGAGAAGAGUUGUUUCUUGUGUUCUGUUGUUUCUUUGGAUAUUUUAAAGGUCUUAUUAAAAUUCUUUCUUGUUUCUAGGAAGCAUUUCUUUAUGAUUGCAUCAUGGCUUG